AUGCACAUUUCACUGCAGGAUGCACAUGACGUCUUUUCUGCAGAGACGCCAGCGUCCGCGCGCACAACAUCUCUCGUCACGGCGCAGGCGAUCCAUGAUGUGUGCGUCCACCUAGACUCACUCGGUGCCCUGAUUGCCACCAUCGAUGCAGCAGGGGUGGUGCGGGUUUGGCGCAAGCUGCCGCGCGGCCUCCUCUUCAUUACCGAACUGAACAAAGUGUUUCCGCCAGCGUGCAGCGUCGGGGCUACCGCUGGACACGAGCGCCGCACGUGUCAUUACUGGGCACAUGCCUACACGGCGUUGCAGGUGCUAGUGUUUGUGUGCGUGGAGGAAGAAGCGGAGUUCGACCUCGACGCAUCCGCGGCUGUGGCCCAGACACCGCUGCGGACAGUGCGGGUGCAUAUGCGUCAGGUCAACUCAAUCACGCUCACCGUGGAGGAACGCGAUUCUUUUAUCUUCCAGGUCCCAGUCCAGCGAGUCGUCUCUGCGGCCGUCAGCGCGGGGGGCACGGCGCUGCACCGAAACGACGGCGUCCAGCGACGCGCACACGACAGUCGCGGUGCCCAGGACGGUGCAUGUUGGACCCCUUGCACCUCUCUCGCCUACACUCGGCGGCCAGCCUUCCUCACGCACCAGUACGCACCUCACAUCGCCUUCUUCGUAACGCUGCCACCGUCGUCAGCGACGCCUGGCGCGAGGAGCGGUGGUAGCGGUGUCGUCAUGUGCCCCUGCUUCACUUCCGCCAUGUCAAGAGGUGGUCGCUCUAAUCAUACGGCAGGUACUGUUCGCAGCUACGCACCGACCCGGCUCAGCGUAGCAAACGCGAUCGUGGCUUGCGCGCAGCAGGAGUUGGGGCUCGAGCGAACGGGCACCUCUGCCUGCGUCCUGAUCGAUUCGGGUGGUGUUGUGGAUUACUGCACCAUCGAGGCAGCGACAGCGCCUAACACGCUCAGCUCCACUGCGUCGGGAGGACUAACGCUGAGCGUGAUGGCAGGUCUUGCGGUGGUGCCGCCCACUUCACGCGAGGCACGUGUGUGGCGCCAGUGGAUACGCUUUGACCGCCGCCAGCGCACCGGCUUCUUCAGCCUCGUACAGGAUGCGCAGCAAGCUCUCAAGGUGUGCAAAGUGGACAAGAGGCAAGCAACUGCAGACAAGAUUACGGGCGCCAUCGCCGCGGCAGAUGUGCAGGUACUGCCGGCAACCGUGCAGCUCACAUCCGACGGCCGACACGUGUUGAUGUGGAGUUUCCGACUUUUGCGAGUCGCAGCGACGCCAGCAGCAGUGGUGUCGUCGCAGCCCGCCUCACGCAUCCCUUCCACGGAGCGGCGCUAUAAUAUGACCGUCGAGUCAUGCUUGCAUCUGCUAGACUUCACCACUGGCAUGUGCAUCGGCAGACACACGGAGCCCGUCGGCGUAUUCACCACCAGCGAAGACCUUGCGUUUCGGGCAACGGAGUGGGCGGACUACGUUCAGCUCCGCUCCCGCGCCCUGGCACUGCAUCUGCACACGGAGCCGUCCGCAACCGCCAAGAACCAGUUCUACGUAAUGGUGCCUGAGUUACCGGUAGAGCAGUUGCUUGGCGUUCGCGCUGUGUCGCACGAAGCAGCAGAGGUGGCGACGACGGAAGUUGCUGGACGCAUGGUGCAUGUGUACGAGGUGACCCUUGAGGCAGCCGCGUCGUCGCCGAGCGCCGCUCAGUCCUCUGCUACAGUGAGGCGGCUUUCACACGCACCGGGUGAAUGGGAAGCGAUCGUCAGGCGAGGUGCAGGGCACCCACCGCACGGAUCACAUCAUAACCCCACUGAUGUCGGGAAAGACUCGUGCUGGAGUGGCCUAGUGACCUCGCAGACUGCAUGGAAUGUGCUGCACCUUCUGUCCCCCAAUGAGUACGGCCUGACUGUCAAGGAAGGCAGCCACACUCGCGACGAGGCCUGUAGUCGCGCGAAGGCGACGGCUAGGGCGCACUCAGGUCUGUCGAUCUGUCGCGCUCCACUGGUGCUUCUUCGCCGCGCCGUGACCACGUCGCAGGACUUAAAGAACUUAAUUGCCGCCUCCCCUAUCGGGGCUGCGUUAGGGGCAGACGCGCGCAAGGACCUCUUUGUAGCCCCCAGGGCUCCCGACACCACCGGCGGGGCAGCACCAGGGGAAGUGUUGCUGCUCGCUUCUAGCGUGAACAUGUCCUCAGCGGCUCUGCUGGUGUACUCCAGAGAGCGGCCCUGGGGCAGUGCCGCCGUGGGGCGAAUACUGUCCGAAGCCGCACCGUUGCAGACCGAGGAGCAACUCAGUGAAGAGGGUGAACGUCUUCAGGAGCAGCGGCGCCAUGAAACAUGGGCCCAUGCGCUGCGUGAGCUGCACCGUGGACGCGACGACGUGUGCGGAACACUCUUGCUGGCCGCUGUGGCCCCGCAGGCCUUCAGCACCGCAGCGGCGCCUGAGGCUGCAGGUGAAACAACCGCCACAAGCCCGAGCAUAAUUGCAGAUGUGGCUGGCAGCAGCACCAACAAUGGUGAGGCGCAACAGGAGAAGACUACCGAAGCAGCUGCAAUUACUUCGGCGAGGAUCGCUACCACGAGAAGGGCCACACCCGUAACGGACGAAGAAGCUGCGGUGCGCAAGCUUCUAAAGGAUCUAAUCCCGCCACUCAGUACAUUUUCACCGCCCGUGGCGCUCGUGCACGUGCGUGGCUACGGCUCUAUCCGAGUGCACCUACUCCCCAGCAUUGCGCCUCUGGCGACGGACAACUUUGUGCGCCUGGCACGGCGCCACUACUACGACCGACUCACCUUCCACCGGGUCAUCCCAGCCGCGAUUGUGCAAGGCGGAUGCCCGCGUGGCGACGGGACGGGUGGUGAGAGUGCCUUCGCUGACGGAGCUCCGUUCAGCGACGAAGGGCUAGCGCUCUUUCCUUUCUUCUCACACACGGCAAACCCGCUAUGCUGCUGGUUGUGCAUGGCAAACACGGGACCUCACACGAACGGGUCGCAGUUCUUCUUUACCGUGCCCGGCGGUGAGGCGAUGCCGUGGUUGAACGGGCACCACACCGUCUUCGGGUACGCCAUCGAGGGACUUGACGUGGUGCGCGCCAUAAGCGUGGCCGCGCGCGACAAGGAGGACAAGCCGCUCUCUCCCAUCAUGAUGGAGCGGGUGGAUGUGCUGUCUACCUAG